UUUUUUUUUUUUUUCUAUUCUUCUUGGAGCUCUAAAACUUGCACUCCUCUUUUUUAGGAAAGCUAUAAAAACAUGUGGAAUGCCAGUUGUUGGUGAAUUUCAAUUAAUAAUUAGUAUAAUAAUAAAAUAAAAUAAAAAAUUAUUACUGAUACAGUGCAGUGGAAAUCUUGAAAAGAUUGCAUCUGCUGGCUGGAGGUGGUAUUGGAGCUUGAGUUGCUUUUUGAUGAUGUUUAAGAGGUAUUAUUGAAAAGAAAGAAAAGAUAGAAUUGAGGAAGACAGCAAAUAAUGGGUGAUUGCUCAAACUUGUACCUACUGUGAACUGUGAAGGGAAUUGAAGUUUUCUGCAGUGAUUAUUCACCUUUUUUCACCAUGCCUCUCUCUGAGUUUUUGAAGUUGCAUAAGCUUGAGUUUGGGGAGCCAAAAACAGCUUCAUCUUCGCCCGAUUUAUCUUCUUUUUUUGAAAAUGAAGUGGUUGAGCUUGUAUGGGAAAAUGGCCAGAUUGUUAUGCAAGGUCAGUCAAGCAGAGCUAAGAGGAGUCCUACUUCUAACAAUCUAUCCUCCUCACAAAUGCCCGUGAUUCGAGACAAGCCUAAAGAAAAUCCCUCCACCCCGAGGAUCGGAGGAAAGGCGUUUUUAAUGGAUGAAAUGCCGUUAUCUGUACCCACCAAUGAAGUGGAUUUGAGCCAGGAUGAUGAGAUUGUGCCUUGGUUAAAUUACUCACUAAAUAAUAAUAGUCUGCAGUAUGAAUAUAGUUCUGGAGUAGUACCUGAAGCAUCUGGUCUGACUGCAAACGAACUUCCUGCACAAAAUAAUUUCGCUUCGAUGGAUAAGACAGGUGGUUCUAAUCCGAUGGCAGUGAAUAAUUCUUCACAGAGAACUGCUUCAAAACUCGAGUCUUCUAGAUUUGGGAUGUUCCCUUCGUGGUCUUAUAAAGCUCACCACCCAUCAGUUCCAUCCCUGGGAUCAGGUGCUUCAGAUAUCGGAAUUAGUAAUGCCAGCAACAGCCUAGAUUCUAUUUUGCGAGAUUCAGUUCCUGGCCAAGCUUCAGUGGAUACGAAGAUGCAAAAGCAAGAAACAAGCAUUCCGGGAAGAGGCCCCCCCGGUUUAUUAAAUUUCUCUCAUUUCUGGAGACCAGUUGCACAUACCAGAGCUAAUACUGGGAACAUUGCAGGUUCACCUGCAAUAGAAUCGAAGGAAAAUAAAGAGAAAGAGCUAAGUGCAAAUUGCCGUAAUCCUGUAAAUCCUGCACCUGCUGAAACAUGUAGCACCUCAAAAAGGGAAAUUGGCCGUCACAAUCAGCCUGAUUUACAAUGUUUUAAGAUUGACCACAGACCAGCUACUGCUAAGACUCAUGAUGCGUCGUUUCCCCUUGAAGAGCCCAAUACAUCUUUGAGUGAGGAUAUGAAGAAGAAUAACAAUAACUGGUAUGGUCAACCCAUUGAUCCAGUUGUGAACAAAGGAGUCUUAGGUGGUGACAAAGCUGUUGAACCUGGGGCCGUUUGUUCUUCUGUAUGCUCCGGCAGUAGUCCAGAGAGAACUUCAAACGAUCAGUCCAAUAGUUUAAAAAGAAAAUAUUGUGAUCAUGAGUCUGGAUGCCAAAGUGAAGAUAUUGAAGAAGAAUCUCUCGAUGCGAGAAAAGCAGCUCCUGUUCGAGGAGGUACUGGGUCAAAAAGAAGCCGAGCGGCAGAAGUGCACAACCUAUCUGAAAGACGGCGGAGGGACAGGAUCAAUGAAAAGAUGCGCGCAUUACAGGAACUCAUACCUAACUGCAAUAAGACGGAUAAAGCUUCAAUGCUUGAUGAAGCUAUUGAGUAUUUGAAGACACUUCAAUUUCAAGUGCAGAUUCUGUCAAUGGGAGCAGGUUUUUGUGUACCUCCAAUUAUAUAUCCAGCGGGUAUGCAUGCCACUCACAUGCCACAUUUUCCUCUUAUGGGUCUUGGGAUGGGAAUGGGAGUGGGAAUGGGAAUGGGUUUUGGUAUGGGUAUACAAGAAAUGAACGGUAGAUCCCCUGGAUGUCCUUUAUUUCCAAUAUCCCCUAUGCAACGAGUACAACUGUCUUCCCCCCCUUUUUCCGGGCCUAGUACCUUUCCAGGAAUAGCUGCAUCUAAUUUUCCAGUUUUUGGACAUCCCGGUCUAGGUAUUCCCAUAUCAAUCCCAAAACCACCUACCAUUUCUAAAUCAGGGCAACCUGCCCGUAGUUCAGCUGUGGGUAUGGGUGCCUCAAGGGCGGGAAUUCAAGUAGAAGUCCCAUCUGCUACACUGAAACCUGAGGAUCUCGUAAAGACCAAGAGCUCACAACUGAUGAACAAUACCGAUCCCAAUCGAUCAAUAAAUCAAACAUCAUCUCAGAGGAAAGUGUAGCGGUUAUUUCGGAGCUUGAUACAUAUGGUAUGUCCUCUUAUAACUCAGCCUGCUUGGGUGCAAAAUGGUGAUCAACUACUUCAUGAUUGUGACAGCCCAGUCGUUAAGUUCACGAGCUCAACUGGCAGUGAAGCUGCUUCUGAUUAGCAGUGGCCACUAUAUGAUGUGAUUAGUGAAAGGGACUGAUUUUGGCACUAUUAGUCCCUGCUGUCUCCACUCAAAGGAGUUUCAACGCCGCUAGAAUGAAGCUUUGUAUCUACUUUUAGGUCAGGACUGCAUAUAAUUUGGUAUCUUAAAAGAGGAUUGUAUUUGUUUUUUUUUUUUUUAAUUAUUACGGAGUAUUAUUUAUGUACAUUGAUCAUAUAUAACUUAGGCAGUUGGGGUGGAUCCUUUUUCCUUCCUCCUUCAGUCUGAUCUCUUCCCAGUUUCCCUCCUA